AUCGAAAGGAACAAGAUUUAAUAUCACGAGGUGACUACGUAGUUAUUUCGUGUGCAUGAAAGAGGUUGGAUGCAUUUGUCUAGACAGAAAUAAUACCCAACCUGUGUUGAGGAAUAGUGAGAAGUACAAUUAGGCAGCAUGGAGGAGAUAUUAGCACUCCGUAUCUUUAAGACCUUCGUGGGAAUUGUCGGUAUCUUAGGCAACGGUCUGGUGUGCAUAGUCAUCGGCAAAGUCUCGGCGAUGCAGACUCGCACCAACGCCUUCAUCUGUCACCAGGCUGUCGUAGAUCUACUUGGUGCAACCAUGAUUCUUCUGCAAAGCGAAGCGCCGCUGCCGGACCCCGUGCCAAACGAUGCACUAGGGUGGAUAGUGUGCCACGUCUGGUUUUCCAACUUUGUACUUUUUCUUCUGUAUGUGAUAUCCACAUUCAACUUACUGUCACUGACCAUGGAGCGAUAUUUUGCCAUCGUUCACCCGUUCAAGUACCAGAAAGCCUUCGCCAACCAUCCCCGGCUAAAAGUCGGUGCAGUCAUGGCGGGAUGUUGGGUGUUUGCCACUGUUAUCAAGUGUUACAACCUCACCAUCUUCAAGGUGAAAGACGGGGCGUGCGCUUCCAGUGCUGAGUAUCGGUCGAAAGUCAUAGGGAGCUUGACGGCCAUCCUUCAGUAUGUGGUGCCCGUGGCAGUGAUGCUGUUUGCGUACAUUCGCAUCGGUGUAGAGCUCAAGCGAGGAGCUGCUCGGGUUGGACCUGCACCAGCGGCUGCCAGUGGUCCUGCUACCGGAGCAUCCGCAGCGGAUACCUCCCAACCGGCAGGCAUGGUGGAAUCCCUGCUCCGGGCCCGACGCAACACUUUCAAGAUGCUAUGGAUCGUGUUCGUCACGUUCCUUGUGUGCUGGACUCCGAACCAGGUGAUCUUUCUCAUGUUCAACCUCGGCUGGACGCUGCAGUACGACGAGUGGUACUAUCUGCUGUCUGUGGCGAUGGUAGCCGCAAACUGCUGCGUUAAUCCGGUCAUCUACGCCUUCAAGUAUCGCCAAUUCCGUAAGGGGCUGCGGGAGGUGUUUUGCCGCGGACGUAUAAACCGCGAGAACCCGUCAAAUUCAGCAACAUUCACGCAAACCACACGAUGAACUUCACAGAGGCAUUAUUUGAUCAUCACCGUCCAGGCUUUCCCUCGGACAUCUGAAGGGAAAAAAAACAAUUGCAAGUAUCUUGCAAACUAGUCAAUCUAAGGACAAAAAGCUAAUUAUGAGUAUUUUCUCUGCACUGCACGUUAAGAAUUUAACUGUUAAAAUGUAUUAC